ACUGUAUUGUGGACGAUGUUUUUGCUGCUCAUUCUAUUACUGCCACUUGUCAUCUUUGUGUAUCAAAAAUGGCAUUAUAGCUAUUGGAAAAGGCGAGGUGUGUAUCAAGUAGAACCAAACUUCCUCUAUGGCAACUUAAAAGAAUUUGCCAAUGGAAACUUGUGCAUCUCAGAUGAAUUGAAGAAUUUGUACGACGAGUUCAAAAGUAAAGGGUUGCUAUAUGGAGGGUACUAUGCCUUCACGAAACCUACUUUUAUGCCCAUCGAUGUGAAUAUUGUGAAGCAUAUUUUACAGAAGGAUUUUGGACAUUUCGUUAACCGUGGCAUUUAUUUCAAUAAAGAAAGAUGCCCACUUUCUGCACAUCUCUUCACCCUGGAAGGUGAGAAAUGGAAGACUUUAAGGGCAAAGUUGACUCCUACAUUCACCACAGGAAAGAUGAAGAUGAUGUUCCCAAUUAUGGUAGCCUGUUCUGAAAACCUAACAGAUGUUUUAAAAAAGGAUGUUACGCUCCAAGAUGCUGUAGAUAUCAAAGAAAUAAUUGCUAGAUUCACAACUGAUAUUGUCAUCUCAGCCGCAUUUGGUAUUGAAUGUGACAGCCUCAAAAAUCCUGAUACAGAUUUCAGGAAAUACGGCAGAAGAGUAUUUGAAGCUGGAAAGUGGGAACAGUUAAAACGACAAAUGAGUAACAGUGUUCCUAGCUGGAUUCUGGAUGCAAUACGGAUCAAUAUAUUAGAUCCCGAGACUGAAGAAUUCUUCAUGAAGGCGGUACGAAGUACUGUUCGCUAUAGAGAAGAAAAUAACGUAUAUAGAAACGAUUUUAUUCAGCUAUUGUUACAACUGAGAAAUAAAGGAAAAAUAUCAGAUGAUCAUGACAUCACUUUGGUAGACAAAAAUGAUGACAGUCGUCAUUUUUUAUCGCUUGAAGAAGUAGCUGCUCAGAGCUUUGCCUACUUUAUAGGUGGUUUUGAGACAUCUGCAACGGCAGGUGCAUUUACUAUGUUAGAACUAGCCAUGAAUCUAGAAGUUCAAGAUAAGUUGAGAAACGAAAUAAAUACAGUAUUGGAAAAAUACGACGAUAAGAUAACUUACGAAGGCAUCAUGGAAAUGACUUAUUUAGAUAAAAUUGUUCACGAAGCACUAAGAAUGCAUCCUACAGCAUCAGAAAUAGGAAGAAUCUGCAAUUCGGAGUACAAAAUUCCUGGCACAGACAUUGUCAUUGAAAAGGGAGUCAGGGUAAUAGUCCCGAUUCUGGCCCUUCACAAGAACCCAGAUCAUUAUCCUGAUCCUGAUAUGUUUGAUCCGGAACGUUUUAAUGAAGAAAACAAAGCAAAACGUCAUCCUUUUGCUUAUAUCCCUUUUGGGGAAGGGCCCAGAAUGUGUAUUGCUACUCGAUGGGGAUUGUUACAGACUAAAGUGGGAAUCGUGGCCAUUAUAAAAGAUUUCUCCGUAACGCUUAACAAAAAAACACAACUCCCCAUAAAGUAUGCUCCAAAGGCUGUCGUCACAAGUGUGGCCGGUGGUAUAUGGUUAGAUCUACAAUCACUACAAAGUAUGUUGGUGUUUCUAUUAGUCAUACUCGUUGCAUUUUUUUAUCUUUACAAAAAAUGGAUCUACACUUAUUGGAAACGAAGAGGAGUGUAUCAGAUGAAACCGGAGUUUUUCUAUGGAAACUUUAAACCGAUGACCACAGGGAAGAUGUCUGUUGCAGAACUGAUCAGAGAAAUAUACACUGAAAUCAAAGCUAAAGGAGGGCAGUAUGGCGGGUUUUACCAGGUAUUUAAACCGGGAUUUAUGCCAGUUGAUCUUGAUAUUAUCAAAGGCAUUGUUCAGAAGGAUUUUGGUCAUUUUAUGAACCACGGUAACUACACCAAUCCGGAAGUAGAUCCUCUCUCGAAUCAUCUGUUUGCAAUGGAAGGUGAGGAAUGGAGGAAGAUGAGGUCCAAACUCACACCAACAUUCACUACAGGUAAAAUGAAGAUGAUGUUCCCCACUAUGGUUGCUUGUACUCAAGGUCUAAACGAAAUGUUAAAAGAUCAUGCUAGUAUUCAAGACGCUGUUGACAUAAAAGACCUCAUAGCAAGAUUUACCACAGAUAUCAUCGGAUCUGCCGCCUUUGGCAUCGACUGUAAUAGUCUUCAAGACCCAAAUUCAGAUUUUAGACAAUUUGGAAAGCAGGUAUUUGAAGUUACCUUUUGGAAGAGAUUAAAGCGUCUAAUUUCUACCAAUUUACCUAAGUGGUUACUAGAUUUAAUUCGUCUGAAGAUGGUCGACCAGGCACUCGAAGAUUUCUUUAUGGGUAUCGUAAGGAGCACGAUUAAAUUUAGAGAACAAAAUAAUGUAUACAGAAGAGACUUCUUGCAUUUAAUGUUGCAGCUUAAGAACAAAGGAAAAGUUACGGAAGAUAAAGAUUUUAAACCUGUGGAUGAAGGUUUAGAGACUACUAGAGAAAAUGACGAUAACUUUUUAACCUUCAACGAAGUCGCUGCCCAGUGUUUUGUGUUUUUCAUAGCAGGAUUUGAAACCUCCUCCACUACUAUAUCCUUUGCUUUGUUAGAGUUAUCCAAAAAUCCAGAAAUUCAAGAUAAACUGAGAGAAGAAAUAAGGUCUGUUUUAAAAAAGCAUAACAACGAAUUUACUUAUGAUGCUAUUAUGGAAAUGAAAUAUUUGGACAAAGUCGUAAAUGAAACUCUGCGAAUACAUCCACCAGCUUCAGCCAUUGCAAGAAUUUGUAAUACCGAUUAUAAAGUUCCUAACACGGACCUUAUAAUCAAGAAUGGAAUUAAAAUAUUGGUACCAAUCAUAGGGAUUCAUACAGAUCCCGAUCAUUAUCCUAAUCCUAAUGUAUUUGAUCCGGAGAGAUUCAACGAAGAAAACAAAGCAAAACGACAUCAGUUUGCUUUCAUACCUUUCGGAGAAGGACCUAGAAUGUGUAUUGGUUCCCGAUUUGGUCUUCUACAGUCAAAAGUAGGAAUAUCGUCCAUAAUAAAAGAUUUUGCGGUAUCUCUUCACCAAAAAACAAAACUCCCAAUCAAGUACAGCCCCAAGUCUAUAAUAUCAGCAGUAGAAGGUGACGUAUGGCUAACUGUGCAAUUAGUAAAUUAGGUGUAUUUUUUAUUUCUUUUUAAUCAAUUAGUAAGUAGAUAUAAUUUUAAAAUAACAAUAA